CUGGCCUGCGGUGCACUGUUCUCCUACAGAGCCAUGUUGCUGUGGUCAGUAUGGAGUGUAAUUUUACUACUGACGACAGUGGAUGCUGCAGAGGAGGAAGAUGUGAGAGCAGGCUGCAGCACGGCUGUCAAUGACCUGGUAUACAUCAUUGAUGGCUCAUGGAGCGUUGGCGUCUCGGACUUUGACACUGCCAAGCAGUGGCUCAUCAACAUCACCAGCCAGUUUGAUAUCAGUUCCCACUACACACAGGUGGCUGUGAUACAAUACAGUGACACACCUCGGCUGGAGAUUCCUCUUGGGAAACACCAGGGAGUAGCAGAGCUCAUCAAGGCCAUACGGAGCAUCAGCUACCUGGGAGGAAACACACAGACUGGCAGGGCCAUCAAGUUUGCAGUGGACCACGUGUUUGCCUCCUCCCAGCGGGGCAAUCUGGUCAAGAACCGCAUCGCUGUGGUGGUUACAGAUGGCAAGUCACAGGAUGAUGUGGUUGACGCCAGCAUGGAGGCUCGAGCACAGAGUAUUACUGUAUUUGCUGUGGGAGUUGGCACUGAGAUCACCACUUCAGAGCUGAUCUCCAUUGCCAAUAAACCUUCAUCUACCUAUGUCCUGUAUGCUGAAGAUUACACCACCAUCGAUCGUAUUCGAGACUCCAUGGAGCAGAAGCUUUGUGAAGAGUCUGUUUGUCCCACACGAAUCCCAGUGGCAUCCCGUGAUGAGAAAGGCUUCGAGCUGAUGGUGGGCAUGAACAUUCAGACCAAGGCAAAGAAGAUCCCUGGCUCUUUAGUUUCUGAGACUGCCUAUGCCCUUGCUGCCUCCACAGACAUUACUGAGAACACCAGGGAGAUUUUCCCAGAAGGACUUCCUCCAUCGUACGUGUUUGUGUCCACUCUACGUCUGAAAGGGAUCUCUAGCAAGCUGUCCUUUGACCUUUGGAGGGUGCUGUCAAAGGAUAAGGCGAUUCAAGCUGCAGUAACACUGAGCGGAAAAGACAAAACUGUUACCUUCACCACCACCAGUACGACAGAGAAAGAGCAGAAAGCUGUCUUUAAAACAGGCUUUCAGACUCUUUAUGAUGGAAAAUGGCAUCAGAUUAAAGUACUAGUGAGGCAUCGCCAGGUCACCGGUUUCCUUGACGACCAGCGCAUCCAGGAACUAAUGCUGAAACCGGUGGAGCCAAUUUACAUCAAUGGGGAAACGCAGGUGUCUAAGAGGCGAGGAACAGACAUCACUGUACCUGUGGAGAUUCAGAAGCUGCGUCUCUACUGUGAUCCCCAUCAGAGCGAGAGGGAAACAGCUUGUGAAAUCUACUCCGUCGAUGAUGAAAGGUGCCCUCUGAAUAGAAGUGCCACAGUGGAAGAAGAAGACUGCGAUUGUGUAGUCGGCCCACCAGGACCCACGGGUUCACCAGGUGAGAAAGGGACACAUGGGCCACGAGGGCCUGAAGGCAAGCCUGGUAAAGAAGGAAAACCUGGUGAUCCUGGCCCCCAGGGGUUUCCAGGGAUGAAGGGUGAAGCAGGUCCGACAGGAGCAAGGGGAGCACCUGGUCCUAAAGGUGCAAAGGGAGACAGAGGCGAGCCAGGCUUAACAGGAGAACCAGGUCUCCCAGGACCUAAGGGUCUCCCUGGUGAGAGAGGAGAGCCAGGACCUCCAGGAGAAGCUGGGCCGAUGGGGGAGCCUGGAGCUCCAGGCCAUGUCGGACUGGUUGGCGCGCUGGGACCAAAGGGAGAGAAGGGUGAUACUGGGCCAACUGGUGCUGCUGGAGCUCAAGGUGCCCCGGUGAGUUGA